UGUCAGUCAGUUCAGUAGCUGCACCUGCUGCGGAUCUUCAUUACUGUCGGCUGUUUCUGCUGUUAUUUGGAGAUGUCCGCGUCCACAGAUGUCGAGAGCCAGUCGCCGGCCACGCGCUCCAGGAGCCGCUGUUUGGACACUUUCCUCGUCGGCUCCGUGAUCGCGCUUUUCCUCAUGUUCGGGGUCGCGAUCGCGGGCGCGCUUUUCUUCGCUAAUCACAUCGAGCGCAAAAUGAACGCGCGAUCAUCCGGAGAAUCACAGGAAUCUAGAUCUUUAGCCAGUAUCCUGGAUCAAACGUCCUCUUACAAGAUGCAGAGUUUUGCAUAUCUGGAGGCCACUAACAGUCAACUAGAAACAGGAGUGAUGCCUUGGAAACCUGUGAAUUACGGAGAAAUCCAGACCGUUGGCUCCCUCUACAGCUUCAAUCAGGUACAACAAGCGCUGACAGUAAAGGAGCAAGGCAGCUACUUCCUUUACGUCACGCUUACCUUCUCAUGCACACACGUGUGCGAGCCUGCCCAGUUCGACGUCAUCUUUCCCAAAGAGUCCAGUCACGCAGUGAAACCCGGCGAACAGCAUGCGUGGUUGACCUGCAGCGUCCAACUUUCUCAAGAUGAAGGCAGAGAGAAUGCAACCGUUAGCAAGACCUGCUGGAAUGUCAUCACCUUUACGGAAAAUGAAAACCGGCUUUUGGCUAAAGCUAAGACUGAUUUCAAGCAUAAACAGCACAACUGGAAGCUGGAGCUCAACCACUCUGGCUUUGGGAUAUUUCUGAUAGAUGGAGUAAAAGGAGCACUUCCCUCGUGACCGAGAGAAUCAGACUGAUUCAGGACAGUGAGUCGUGGAUCUUGAUCUAAUCCGGUCUGUUUUUGAGACCGGAUCCACGAGGACUUUUGACUGAAAAGAGCGCCACGUUUUAGCCGUGGUGUUCACAUGCACUCUGCCACAUUCCUCAAGCACUAUUUAUUACUGAAAUAUAUUUAUAUGCAUCAAACAUUUUUAAGACUAGUCAUAUUUAUAUUGUUUUGCAGGGAUGCAGCCAAAUUACAAUUCUGGGCUCAAACUUGACCAUUCUGGGCUGAAAGCAGACAAUGCUUUGUAAUAGUCAUUCAUUAUUUCAUUUUAUAAUAUUAUAUACAUUUACUUCUGCAUGACUGUUAAAAUGUAACCCAAUUAAUAUAAUUAUUCAGAUUUAAAAGCACAGACGUCACUAAAAUAAACACGUUUUAAAUAACAUGGCAACACAGCAGCACUAUUGCAUGCAGCAGGAACUAGCAUACUACAUAGAAAUGUCCUGUAUGUGCGUUAUAUGACAGACUUUGCUCUUCCACUGAGCAUAUGUGGUUCACAUAUAGAUAAUAAUACAUGCACAUGAGCGGUUGCCUUAGCAUAUCCUUAUUUUUGCCUAAUUUCCUUUCCAAAAAUGCCAGUUUCGCCCAUUAUUAUUGGUGCAUCCCUAAUAUUUUGUGUUUGUUAAAUAUAUUAUUGUAAAUGCUAAAGAGUUGUAGAUUACACUACAUGUAAAGAGGCGUCAGAGCGGACUCUCAUAUUCAUUGACUGCAUGUACUGUAAUACUCAUCUGCUGCGUCGCAGAAAAGAUGCCUAAACUCCUAAACUUCCUCAUAUUUUGUCUUAAAUCCGUACGAAGUGCCUCGGUUGUGUCUGUAUCGUCACUGCAUGUGUGGAUGGACAUGAACGUCUCACUCAGGGUUGCCAAGUUUGUGGUUUUCCUGCAGAAUUGGGAUCAUUUUAACCACUUGGUGCAGGUUAUCAAAGGUUUGACAAAUUGACUGAAUUAUUUUACUCUACCAAAUGUCUAUUCCACCUAUGAUGAAUGAUAAAACUGUGCUAGGAUUAUUAAAACAGAGUCAGUGCACUUCUGUGAGGUGCACUGGAGGAGAGAUUGUGUGUGUGUUUGUGUGCGUGUGUGUGUGUGGCUGUUGGUUUCCAUGGUGACAGAUUGGCAGGACUCAUGCUAAAUAAACUAUAUAAAGUAUAUGUAACCUACAAGUUUAUUUACAUCUGAUUUAGGAAUUUACUGAACGAUUAAUUUAUAAUAUCUUAAUUUUACAUCACAGUUGUUCAGCAGUUAAACACCAAAUUCCAUUACGUUUUUAACUUCUCUUAAUAUUAUUUUAUUUGUGAGAACAGAAUGUUUAUAAUUACUGAUAUAUAGUGAUUUUUUAAAGUGUGUAUAAUGCAUACAGUGAUGUAAGAUAUGCAUUGUACCGAUAGCAGUGGAAUUUUAUUAUAGGGGUAGUUUUGUUGUGGACACCUGGCAACCCUGAUCUCACCUGUGUGGAACAGAGCAGCAUCUGAAUGCUAACAAACUCAGGAACUCUAGAUAUGAAUGUAAACAAUGAUGAAUGUGUAAGAUGCUUUAUUUUGUUAUAUAUUUAAUAAAACAAUAAUAAUACGA